GAGAAGCCUGCAUCUAAGAGGAGUAAGUUAGAGUCCCUGGACCACCAGGGAAUGCUGUGUCCCCCCUUCCUGGUUGGAGGUGAGAGUCAGGGAUGAUGAAAUCAUAAAAUAAAGCUCGGGGGAAAAAAUGUUCCACUCUCAUCCCCCACAGACCACAGCCCCUUUCCCACCCCACAAACGCACACACUAAACUUGUCCCUUACACACACACACACUGCAUCCAUGAUACACAUAAACUGCAUCCAAGAUACACACAAAGUGCAUCCAGUAUACACACAUACUGUAUACCUUAUACACACUUUAUGCACGAUACACACACACUGCAUCCACGAUACACAUACACACUGCAUUCUCUAUACACACACAGUGCAUUCAGUAUACACACAAACACACAAAUACUGUAUGCCUUAUACACAUUUUAUCCACGAUACACAUACAUACUGCAUCCAGUAUACACACACAGUGCAUCCAGUAUGCCCUAUCCAUACUUUACCCACAAUACACACACACAAUGCAUCCACGAUACACACACACACACUGCAUCCAUGAUACACAAACACUGCAUCCACGAUAAACACACACUGCAUCCAGGAUACACACAAAUUGCAUCCACAAUACACACAAAUUGCAUCCACGAUACACACAAAUUGCAUCCACGAUACACACACACUGCAUCUACGAUACACACACUGCAUCCACGAUACACACACACUGCAUCCACGAUACACACACGUACUGUAUGCCUUAUACACACUGCAUUCACUAUACACACACUGUUUCCCCUAUACAUACAAACUUCAUCCUUUACACACACACUAUCCACUAUACACACCACAUCCCUUACACACAUACUGAAUCCAUUAUACACACAAACACUUAUAUCCCAUACACACACUGCGUCCACUAUACACACAAACUGGAUCCCUUACACACAUAUUGGAUUCACUAUACACACACAUGCUACACACACUGGAUUACAUAUACACCUACACUACAUAACACACACUACAUCCCCUACAAACACACACUACAUCCCCUUAAACUAACACAUUUUAUCCAAGAUUUCUUGACUCACCACCCCCUCCCUCCAUCCAUGUGUGAGCUGGCCAGCAGGGCACAUUGGCUGCACUGGAGGGGCACUGAAUUGAUAUGAUCACUUUGUAGGGAGCAUAAUUGUUCCUGCACCCUCCCAUUGGCUUGCUCUGACUUUAAAGGGGAACUCCUGGCACCAUAACAUUUUCAUUUAGAUGAAGUAGUUAUGGUGACUUAUGUUGCCUAAACUGUCCCUUUAAAUACCAGGGUCCAAUGGGCCUGAAUGUAUCCAUGAGACAUAUUUUACAUAUCACACCCAUUAUCAUCAUCACAUCUGCAGCACCUCCCUACAGCACAGACACCUCUCACAUCACCAUCACCACUGCAGGUCAAUUCACCCACAUAUAAUGUGAGAGUCAAUACAAAGCCCCAGUGUGAGCCAGGCGGCCAUGCAGCCACAAUCCCUGCUUUCAGCACCUUGGAGAGCCGCCGGCCCAUUGACAUCACACGGCAGCGCAUCAUUGCUAUUCUCGGAGCAGUUCCGGAAAAUGAGUAGCGUGGGCCCCAUUGUGGCUGCGUGGAAUGGGAUGCUGUCAGGGGGAUGAUGCUACACGCGUGCGCAGUGCGUCCAGUCUAUGGGCGGACUCCCAACAAACAGGAGGAAGGUGGCGGCUGUCUGAGAGCCGGCUUUUAGGAACAAGGUAUGUUUCCUCCUGCUGUCUGGAUAUAACGAGUGCAAUCACCUGCAAGCACUACCACCUCUAAUAUCAGGGUAAAUUGGACACUGCCUUAUCAGCCAUCAAUGAAUCCCCUGUUUAGGGAUAAGAGAGAUACUCUCCCCAGCAAUGCAGGCUUUUUGGUAGAAGAUGUGAUUUGUAAACAUGACUGUCUUGCUGCUACUUUAAUGGUAUAUAUGGGGAGUAGCCUUCAUUCUAGAACUAUUUCUGAAGCCCAUGGGUGGGCUGUAGGCCCCCCAGUUAUUUUGGAAAUUCAGGAUGCAGUUAUCUGGUGAAAUGGUACAUCCAGUUCCUUUAGAAUGUUGGUGAUCAGAGGGUUCCUGAACUUGAAUUUGGGUUAAGUCAGAAAGUCAACAGAAGUGGUGGUGUUGGAGCUGGUUGUGUGUGGAGUGGUGAGGAAAUGUCCACUACCAAAAAUUAGAGGAGCCUUAGGUUAAAUUUAAAUGCAGUACAUCACAUAUCACAUACCAGUACUGGAGCUUUUGAGAUCAAUGGGAUAUAUCCAUUUUAACUAAAAUAUGUUUAUUUUAUCUUAAUUUAGUUGUUUUAGUGAGAACCUCUCCCCAGCACUCAAAUAGUGUGCAGUCCUGGUGGUUUAGUGCAGUGGGAAAAAAACAUAAGGGUCCACAUCAUACUAACCUUCUAGAAAUUUCUAGACACAAGGGAAGAUUUAUCAAAGUGUUCUGAUUUGAAAUGCAGUGAAAAGACAUAAAAGAGAAGUCACUGACAGAAUUUGCCUGCUGUUCCCACAGCACUUUGAUAACUCUCCCCUUAUGUGUGCUGCCUUUCUUUAACUGUUAAAUCACUCCCAAAUCAACACAUCCCAUUUCACACAAAAACACUGACAUACACCUUUACAUUACACAAACUCAUUAAUACAUGCAAAUCCCUCCCAUUACACUGAACUACUUAUAUACACAUCCCCAAACUCAAAAUCUGUCAGAUAGAUAGAUAGCUAGAUAGACAGAUAGAUAGAUAUACAAACAGACAGAUAGAUGGAGAGUAUAGAGAUACAUACAAUAACACUCCCUCCUUGCACACUCUUCCCAAACAUUCCUGAAGCUUAUACAACUGUAUUUUUACAUGGCAUACUGCAACUAGCAGUUUUUAGGGUCAGGUUGAGUGUUUAGUGUGCAAGCUUUCAAGGUUCUUUAGGUAGAGAGGUACCACUGUUACCAUAGUUACCAAUAGUCAAAUUAGACAAGCAAGAUGAAGUGAUAAAAAGAUGCAAUAUUUGUAUAGUGAACAAGAUAGGCUGCAAUUCACCCAACAGUGUGCAUCCCAGGAGCUUCCUAUUACAAACACAGUGUGAUCUGCACAUUCUUUUAGACAUUUGGUGAUUGAUUCUGCACACUCUACACUCUCAUGUAGUGCGACCAUGCAAUGUGCAUUCUUCUGCAGGAAUUAUUCUUUGCUUGACAUGGGUUUGCUUCAAUGAAAAUGUUGUUGCCUUCCUAACCGCUUGACUGUUCUUCCCGUAUACAGAUUAAAAAUAACUCCAAAAUCAAUAAAAUGGCUCAGUAUGGAGCACAGAGGAAUCCUGCAAGCUGGGUCUCUCAUAUAACAGCAGCCGUGGUGUCUCAACCUGGUAUGUAAUGCAUUUUACUUCCAAUCCAUUUAACCUAGCACCUAAGAAAUACAACCCCAAAGUGGAGCAAUAAUGUCAUGUCUGCAAUUCUCCCACAAUAAUUUUCUGUCGUUUGCAGAGGUGAAUUCUGGGAGACCUGCACAAUUUAAAAAUGUGGUGUCCAGUCUAGUUCAAGUUCAUGCUGUUGGUAUACUCUACCCAUAACUCUGUGCCUGCCAACUUUUUACAUUUAUGGAUUGUAAUUUUCUCUAGUAUUUACAAAGAAAUAAGAAUAAAAUAUGAGAAAAUGUUUUUUCCCCUUUAUUCUUGCCAAACUGGUAUUUUCAGCUGGAGCAGAAGCCAAGAUAUUUAAUUAUUUAUUUCUUGAGUUUGUAGAAUCAUUUCUUUGUUUAGAGAAAAUAUAUGGAAAGAGGACAUAAAAUAGCAUGCUCCAAUGUAGCCAGUUAUGUGGACACUGUUACAAGCUGUUACUGUAAUGAGCAAGGGGUUUGGCAUCGUAACAAAGAAUUCUGAUUGACCAGGAACAUUUCCUUUCUUAGUGGUCAGCACUGGAAGUCUGAGACAUUAAUCUGUUCUUGAAAAACCCUGCUAGCACAAAGCAUCACCCAUGACCUUUGCUUGAUGAUGGUUACAAAAACAAUAUCACAGAUAUUGCUUUAUCUUAAAUGUCAUGGCUAGAAUUAAAUAAAUGUUAAUUAAAUUGCACUUAACAUUUGUUUACAAAAACACUGUAUGUUACAACCCCAAUAAAGGUUUUUUUUUCCGCUUUUUCUAAUUAUUUGUUGUUGGUUUGUUUUUUUGUUUCCUUUAUAUAAUACCCUUUUAGUCCGUCCUUUCCAAUUUGAAAUAAGGGGGAAUUCAAUUUAUGUGGAUUAUAAUUUAUCCCUAUAUCUGCGUAUCAGGAUACAACUCAGUCAAUCUUAUAGCUGCUAUUACAACAGCUUAAUAACUGACCAUGUUCUAUUGAAUUGUGUUAAAUCAGUUCAAAAUUUAAACAAUAUUUGUAUUAUAAUUGUGCACAUACACAGAUCACUUAUCUAAGAAUAAACCAAAAUCGUAAUCCCAAACUCUAAGUAUUUACAAUUUGGUUCCAAACAUACUAUACCACAUCCCACAAGAAAGAAAAAUAAAUGCCUGGACAGCCAAUCAUGGUUUCAAUUUGGUUGUAAUCAUAUGAUUUUAAAUACAUUUUUAUUGAUAUGAUUAUUAUUUUUUAAUUUUUUGCUAGUUAUAAGAGAUCCAGCGGUUGUUGAGAGGACAAAUCUGUUGAACAUGGCUAAGCUCAGUAUAAAAGGUCUCAUUGAAUCGGCUCUAAGCUUUGGCCGUACUCUGGAUACAGACUACCCUCCUCUACAGCAGUUCUUUGUUGUAAUGGAACAUUGCCUGAAGCACGGGCUUAAAGGUAUGCGCUCUGCAUUGAUGUGGGAUGUUACAGUUGUGUCUACUCGGAGAACCUUACUUAGAGCUAUCUCUGUAUUCAGAGGGAAAUUAUCUAAUCAAUGCUUUUAUAUUUAAUCAUACCCAUAACUUGUUCUAUUGCUACUUUCAUUUGGGUAAAUCUCAAGGUUGAAUGUAUUUGACUUUCAAAUUUUUUUUUCUAAUUGCCAACUGUCGUCAGUUAAAACAUAUAUGGUAAUAUUUUGCAAGUAAUAUCAAAAGAAUAAACAUCUGUUGUGUUAAUAAUUUAUAUAUUGCACGUUGCCCAUUAUGAAAGAAUAUUGACUAUUUAUUGUCCAUGUAUGGAGUACAUUGCCCUUUGCAGAAAAAUGACUUUCAAAUAAUUAUACAAGAAAACAGUGUUAUCCAGUCACUCAAGAUCACUUUUGCAGCAGCUUUAUUGGAAUAACCGACAAAUGAAGCAACGUUUUCACCUCCACAGAGGUCUUUGUCAAGCUGACAAAGAUAUUUGUGUAGGUUGAAACGUUGCUUCAUUUGCCUUCUGCACAUGUGACCUUGAGUGCCUGUUUUCUACUGCAUGGAUGGGAGUUAGCCAGCCCCAGGUUUAGUAGGUCUGCGUAUUAUAGCUGUGCAGAUUUCUUCCUUCGUAUAUUUCAAAUAAUUAUAAUCAUUCAUUACAUCCUGCCAUAUGAAGUGCACAACAUAAGGUUAUUACAUUAAUAGCAUUAAUUUGAUCUGUAUUGAUCGACACCUUGCAUAAUGUUGCAUAGAAAUGUAAGCGGCUGUCUUGGGUUAGCAUAAGUACUUUGAUAUUUAUAUAUAACCUUUAGGGCUGUUUUGGAACAACUGGAAACAUCAAUAUGUUCAAAACGAAUUGCUAAGCAAGAAUGUCCAGAUAAUAUAUAAAAAUAUUAGUUAUUAACUUUUACAGAGUGUGCUUCAAGUUAAAUAUUACAUUGGGGAACAUUAUAUGAAAUAUAAUAUCAAAUAUUCAUGGGUACACAAGGAAUGUGGGUCCUGUUCUAGUGAGCUUGCAGUCUAGUGUGCGGUUGGAGGUGAUGGAAACCGAAGAUAUGAUUGAAGUAUAAAAGGAAGUUUGGAUUGAUGAGAUAGCUGAAGUAGAACAAAAUGUCAUGUUUAAGGAAUGCAUAGGACAUCAUUCGGUUGGUAAGUUAUAUAUUUAUUUGUGUAGUGUUUUUUCAGAUACUGAUCAACGCUGUAGAAUGUUGGAGUAAUGGAGUGAGUGAAGGAAUUCCAUAAAUACUGAAGAUUUGUGUGAGGGAAGUUAUGACAGAAAAAGGGGCAUAAGCUAAAGCAGACAAAAGAAGUUAAGUCUGUGUAGAUUCAGGACAUUAACUCAGGACUUUUUCUGAAAAUGUAUUGGAUCAAGCCAAAUGACUAGUAAAUGUUUGUAGUAGGGGCUACAUGAUGAAUGAGGUAACCGAGGUGUCCUUGGUGGCAUGAAAAAGGAACAAGUGGCAGAUGUGUCAGCCGUAUAGGACAAUGUUGACUAAUCCUUAUCUGACAGAUUUUUGGAGAUUCAGCAUACAGAAAAUAUCUCCAUUUACAACAACAGUAAAAACACAUAAAAAUACAUAAUUCCUAUCAUACUGAACAUCCCCAGAUAGCUUGGAUCUGAGCGCUCAAUAUAUCCGAACAGCACUCAGAUCCCACGAACAGAAUAAAAUCGCCAUGGGGUUUAAGUUUAACCAGGGCCAUACACAGUCCAAUAGAAGUCCAUAAGCUCCAAAUGCUGUUUUUAAAGUGCCCAAUCUCCCAGGGGCCAUAGUCCCAAGGCAUGAGGCUGGCAAUCAGCCCCUCCAAAAACCAGUGGUGAGGCCCCUUUCGCCACACCCUCCACUACAGAGAAUGACAAAAAAACUCACCACUACAAGUGUCAUGCUGAGAUUGUCAAAAAAAAUUAUUAUAGAGGAAAUCUUCAAGUGAGCACCAAUAGUUGUGUGCCAUUAGUAUUGGUCCCUCACCUAAAAUUUCCCAGCAUGCAAUCACACUUAGACAAUAUGUUGAACAAACGCCAAUUGUUUAUGAAAGGAAUACUUGUAGCUUAGUACAAUGUUUGUCUUGUAUUCAUUGGGUUAAAAUUGUCUCUUAUAUGAACACUAUAGGGUCAGGAACACACCCUAAAUCACCCACUAUCCCUCCUGCCCCCCCCCCCCUUAAUCCCCUAAAUAUAGUAAAAUCUUACUUUCUGUCAAGUAUGCUGCUGCUGGCUCUGCCCCUUAUCUGUCAUCAGAAGUGAUUCUCUAAGCCAAUCACAAUGCUUUCCCAUAGAAUUGGCUGAGACUGUCAAGGAGGCAGAUCAGCGGCAAAGCAAGCACAAGCCAAGCACAGCCCUGGCCAAUCAGCAUUAAAUCAACGCAUCUCUAUGAGGAAGUUUCAGUGACUCCAUGCAGAGAGUAGAGAUACACAAUGUGCAGCACUUCCCCAGGAAGCACCUCCAGUAGCCAUCUGAGGUGUGGUCAGUGGAGGUAUCCCUAGGCUUUAAUGUAAACAGUGCCUUUUCUCAGAAAAAUACAGUGUUUACUGCAAAAAGCCUGAAGGGAAUGAUUCUACUCACCAAAACAAAUACAAAAGCUGUAGUUGUUCUGGUGACUAUAGUGUCCCUUUAAUCUUAUUCAACAUAUCAAAGCUUUGAAGGUUUUUGAUUUUUAGCAAGAAUGUACUAUUUUUUAUAUAUGACCCGCAACAGCGAAACAGUUGUGACAAUCCUAGGCAUAUGAGGUAUUCCUAAAAUUAGUACAAACAGGUCAGCCUCUGUUAACACACGUUUCCUUGGCUGUAUAGUGAUCUAUAAAUUAUAAUAAAUACAUGCAUGUUUCCAUAAUUACAUCUAUUUCAAAAUUUAUUUUUUAAUGCUAACUCAAGACUUAAGUAUUUAUAUUGAUAUGGGCAAGCACUAAAAACAGAAUAAUGUUUUUUGAAGCAGUAAAUGAGUAAGAGAGGCAUUAUUGCCAAACAAAGACAUAACAAUAAUAGAAAAAACCUGUUCUUGAGUAACAAACUAGUAAAACCUGUUAUAUAGCUAAUAAACAAAUUAUGUAUGCAUCACAAUCUGCAUACAUAGAACUAAACCAGUUCCUUUCCUGGUAACUAUUAAUAUUGUUUUGUUUUAUGUUUUUUUUUUGCAGUGAGAAAGUCCUUUCUGAGUUUCAAUAAGUCAAUAUGGGGACCUCUGGAAAUUGUUGAGAAAUUGUGUCCAGAGGCAGAAGAGAUUGCUGCUAGUGUUAGAGACUUACCGGGACUCAGGUGUGCUAUAUUUCCAGAUACCUCUUGUUGUUUAUUGACCAUUAUUACAGUGGAUAGGCAAUCUCUAGCUCUGUGAAAGCUGUGUAAAAGUAAUGGACAUUGUAGAAGUUGCCUGUCCAACAUCUAACACUACUUUUGUCAACUAUACAUCUUUCAUUAUUUUUUAUUAAUUCAUCAUCAACAUCUUGAUUCUUUUCCAGAACACCACUUGGUCGUGCGAGAGCUUGGUUGAGAUUGUCAAUGAUGCAGAAAAAGCUGGCAGAUUAUCUGCGUUGCUUAAUUUUGCGCAGGGAUCUUCUGAGGUUUGUAACCAUAAAAUCUUUUAUGCCAUUAAGUUUAUUGCAUUUAAAUAUUUUCCUGCACAUUAAUCAUUAUGUAAGUAUAAGUGGAUAUAAUUGGCCAAGCAGGGCCCAGGUGACUACAAACUGACUUCCUGCUUCAGACAUUAUAACUAAAGUUAUUUUAGAAUCAUGUCUAUAAAUUGGAUGUAGUUUGAUGUCCAGUGGCAAAAUCCCUUUGCUUCUGUGCAUUGUUGUCUAUGCAUUGGUUUGUGAAAUAUAUGUUUGUGCUAUGUUUUGUGUAAUUAUACAUCACAAGUGCAAAGUUGUAGGACAUGUGCUAGUAGAAUUUUGCAUAGCAGUGGUUUAGACUUCAUGUCUUACCACUCAGCAGACCUGACCCACAACUGACUACCAUAUAAGGAAUAAAAUAGAUUGCUAUGUUUAAUUGGAUAGUUUUCACUUUCCUCUACAGUGAAUAUUAUGAAAAUCAUGCAGUAAUGAUGGAGGAAGAAGGGACCGUUAUAGUCGGACUAUUGGUGGGACUAAAUGUCAUUGAUGCUAACCUCUGUGUGAAAGGAGAAGAUCUGGAUUCACAAGUAUGUCCCAAAGUAUACUACACAAUUUCAGCAGAUAAGCAUUCAUCAUUCUGGUGAUCUGAGUUUGGUCUCCACCCAUGGAACCUUUGUCCACUCAUUACAAAAAUGACAUGCCAAGCCUUGACUUGGCUGAAAUCCAGAUUUGCAGAGUUUAUUCUCAUUUUGACAAUUUUGCUGAUUUCUAGUGACUGAUAUCUAGAAAUAUAUAUGCCUGAUAAGUUACAUUAGUUUUGAGCCUUAAAUAGAUAUCAAUAUGAUAGGGUUGAGGUUCUCCCCAUCUAUAUUCAAAUAUUCUCUAUGAAUAGGUCUUUAAUUUAUCCUUGACUGGAUACAGGUAGAUGUAUGAAUCCAUUAAUUAUGGAGGAUCAGUCUUGAUUUGUUUAAGAACUACAUCUCUGCUUAUAUCUAUAGUUUUUUUUAAAUACAUAUUAUAUGUUUGUAUUAUGUUGUUUGAAGAGUGUUACCUUUUAUUUGCUUAUUAAAUAUGUUUUUAAAAAUUAAUGGGCAGUAGGACCCAAUGUUUUUGUCGUGCUGGUCAUCUCAACUCAAAUAGAUCUAGAUAUUAAUAUGAUAGGGUAAGGUUCUCAAUAUCAAUAAAUAGAUAUCAACAUGAUAGGGUUGAGGUUCUCCUCAGCUAUCUUCAAAUAUUCUCCAUGAAUAGGUCUUCAAUUUAUCCUUAACUGGAUACAGGUAGAUGUAUGAAUCCAUUAAUUAUGGAAGAUCAGUCUUGAUUUGUUUAAGAACUACAUCUCUGCUCAUAUCUCUGCUCAUAUCUAUAGUUUUUUGAAUACAUAAUAUGUAUGUAUUGUAUGUUGUUUGAAGAGUGUCACCUUUUAUUUGCUUAUUAAAUAUGUUUUUAACAUUAAUGGGCAAUAGGACCAGUGUUUUUCUUGUGCUGGUCAUCUCAACUCAAAUAGAUCUUUAAUGUGAGAUGUGGCUUAAGAUCAAAGGUGUCAGAGUACAGAGUUCCGUGAGCUCUAGUGAAUCAGUUAACAGGGUAAUUCUAAAGUGGAAGGUAACAUGCAAAUACUUUUGCUAUAUUGGAACACUUCCACCAUGGUUAACAUCUCCCCCUAGCCUCUAGAAGUAGUGUAGUGCUGUCAUUAGCAUGAACACUGCUUCUUGGUCUACCUGUUAGUUAAUGGAUUUGGUCCACAGGUCCUAAUGGCUCAUUAAACCUUUGCUGUUACUCUGAGAACAUUUACCAAAAGUCAUAUUCUCGUCUAGCGGAGGAACCAGAGGAAUUACAAAUAACCUCUGAGGAAUAGAUUUAAGAAAUUAUUCUAAUUUUAUUAUAAAUGAAUGGAAUCUUUAAAAAUGACAUAUGUAAAAAUGAAUAGUAGUAGUAAAAAUAUACUUAUUACUUUUACACCCAUGUCCCAUCAUUGCUCAAGGAAUGAUGGCAAGAUGCCGUUGGUUGGCAGGUUUUGACUUCUGAUAAUUACACUUGGACUAAUAUUACGAAGUGGCCCUUUAAAACUCUACACAGACUUAGAGUUGAAGAAGGUAAAAUAUCCAUUAUGCAUUCUUCAAAUUUUGAUUUCCUGUUAUUUCUUUGUGGCAGGUUGGAGUGAUUGAUUUUUCAAUAUAUUUAAAAUCAGAAGAAGAUGACACUUCCAGAGAAGGGAGGUAAUGUUAAAUGGCAUUUGCUAUACCGUGCUUUGGAAUACAUUUAUGUUUGACUGCUAAAUUUUAAUAAUUAAUGAAGUGAUUAAUGAACUAUCUGGGCUCGGUUCAGCACAUGUCUUGUAGAGAGACUCCCAUAAUGCCACACCCCAAAACACAUUUAUUUUAUAUAUACUUACAGAUACAUAAAUGGAACAUUCUGCUGCACCUUGUUCUUAUUCAUGACAUUUAACCAUGGUAAUGCAACCACAGCAUCGAAUCAAAUAGCACAUAGUCACAUUCCAUAUUGUUAGUAUAUUUCACAGCCAAUAUAGAUGUUGUAAAAAAAAAGAUUUUAAGGAAUUGUAAAUGCAUUUUAAACAAUUAAAUCAUAAGAAGGAGCUUACAAUGUUGAAGACCUCCGGGGGCCUCUCGAUAAAUUGAUCCUUCUUCUUGGCUGCAUACGGUCACCAAAAAUGAUAUAUCUUCUGACCAAACUCUGAAAUGGAUAGACCUCCUGCUUAUGCAGGAGAAAAUUAAGGAGAAUAAUCCCUACCAAUACAACAUUUAUAACAGUGAUUGGCAGGGAGCCAAGAUGAGGGCAGUUUUUUUUUUUUUUUUAUAUCUCUUAACAACAUAUUUGCUCAAUACUAUUGUAAUCUUGGAAAGUCUCCUUAUUUAUUUCAUCGUAUAUUUCUGCACUACUAAAUUGCACAGUAUAAAUCUGACUCACAUACUACACACAUUUACCUGCCUUAAUUUGUAUCAGUUCUUCAACCAAAUGGAUACUAACCCUGCUACUUCAUUUACUACUGCGUGAUAUGUUGUUUCUCUUUUUGUUCAGAUUUUGAAUUUGUUUUGUAUACUGUUUCCUGUUCACUAUUAGGCCUCAUACUUCAGUGUGGACCUAUGUCCACAACUCUCAACUCUCAACUACCAUCUAUACAGCAAGGCUUCUCAAUGUAACUCAUGGAACUUUUGUAUCUCUUGCACUUUGUAUGUUUCAUAUUUCUUAUAUAAUUUGAAAGCCUGGGGGGGGGGGGGAUUACUAUAACAAAAAUAAAAAAAAAUCCAGGAAAGUGAUGUUUCAAUUACCUUAUUAUUUUAGUUGACAUGGUUUGUCCAUUCACUGCUGUGACUUUGAAAUCUUUUACCUUUCUUGUAUGUUCAACAACCUGUUUCUUGUGUUAAGAAACGUACACAUUUCAGCAAUUUUGGACCAGAAAAACUAUGUUGAAGAACUCAAUAGACAACUGAAGUAAGUUUUCUUACGUUUCAAUCAUGUGUUUGAUCACUCUGAAUAAAUGUAAUUGUAGCAGACACAGUAUGACUCGUCCCAGGCUUAGGAUCCAGACCUUUUCCACUCAAGGUCAGUGCCCUUCCUUCCAGCACUACCUGACUAGUUGUGCCAAGGAUUUUCCAGAAAGAGAAAUUCAACAAAAGGGGUAGAGUUCCUCCACUCUCUGUACAAAUAUCACCCAGACACUUGAUAAAAUGGGGAACAGUAAUGCUUUAUUGAGACACAAGUCCACCAAUAACAGUAAGUAGCAGGCAGUCACACUAACACAUUUAAAUAAAUUACAGUAUGAAUGAAGCACCAUGAUUAUAAGACAGGGUGGGAAAAGACAAAGACAAGGGCUGGGGACUUAAAAUAGUUGCCUAACAGUGAGUUUGAAUUUUUACUGAAACAAUGGGACAAAGCUCUGGUGGUAAAAACAAGUCCUCUGCAUUGUUGUUUUGAUGAGAUUUACAGACAUGAUGGAGGAGGAAGGGAACACACAAAAUGGACACUUAAUACAUUUAACAUCCAUCCAUCCACACAAUAUACAAAGUAUGAACUAUUUACAAGCAGAUGAUUAGUCCUAGUAUCCAAUCAGUCCAAUUUCAGCCAUAACCGAGAGUCCAUAGUCUCUGAGGUUAAGGCUGGCCUUCAAGCUCCUUCAUGAGCCAUAUUCUCUCUGUUUAAUUGGCAGUAGAUGACAUGAGAGCAUUUCCAUAAGGAAGACAUUUAAAAGCGGUGAAGUUUCUAUUACAGGAAUGAUAAACACAAAAUCCCUUCUCAGGAAAACCACAUUAGAACCAAUACGUUACUGAUUUAUUAAGAAUGGUUUGGUGCAUAUUUCUUGGGACUGGGUGGUUCUAGUAGAUUUGGGAACAAUGUAUUGUAUUUGGAAGUAAACAUAGAUGAAACACUUCUGAAUGAAUGGUGAAUCUAUAUUACAUGCAAAUGUUCUUUAUAAUAUAGAGUGUGUUUGAUACGGUUCAUUUUACAUACUCUUUGUUGUGUUUUUUUGCCAUUUUAGUGGUACUGUUAACAGUCUUCAUACAAGAAUCGACACAAUGGAGAAAUCGAACACAAAACUUAUUGAAGAGGUAACUUGUUUAUAUUGUAUUAGUUUUAAAUACAUACAGACCAUAUAAAUGGUUUCUGGCUAGUAGGUUUUCCAUAAUGUGUGAUGUUUUUUGAGUCUGGCUCUCAUGAAUGUCAAUUCAGUUGUCUGUUGCUUAUUGCCAUUUAGCUUAUUUAGCAUUCGGUAGCUCUUCAACGUGCAACACUCUUCCACUUUCCCACUACAGUUUGUCCUCGUGAAAGGUGCAGUCACAAUAUAUAGUUUUGCCAUUUUUGGGACAAUGCACCUGCAUAUUGUGCACCAACCUUUUCAGCCUUUUCCUCUGAUGGGGUUUCUUCCCCUAUUAACACACAGGAUGUUAAAGAUUCCAAAGAAUAUGCAAAAAAUCAGUUACCAGUUCUUCCGCUGCCUUCUUUUUUAAAGGAACACGAAAGCGUUAGGAAUACAAACCUGUAUUCCUAAUGCUUUAGUGUUCCUGUUCCUAGCAUUAUAAGUCCUCCACCCACUCCGCAUAUUCCAUAAAAUUUAGAAAAUAAAGCGUUUUACUUACCCUUUUUAAAGCACAGAUGCUUCCUCGAUGUUGCUUACAACUUCAUGGAGGAGACAUGGACUCUUGCGACAUGGGCCACUCCAAUGCACCCUUUAUUAGAAUCUUUGGGGACCUAAUGCACAUGUGCUGCAUAUGCAUCCAAGCCUCCCCAUAGGAAGUGCUUGUGUGUCUGGGUUUUUAUUCGGUCAGUGCAGAAAAAGUGCCUCCGGUGGCUUUCAGUGUAACAGCCACUGCAGGUGUGUUUAACCCGUGAAUGUAAACAGUUCAGUUUCCCCAAAACAGCAAUGUUUUACCUUGAAUAGUUGAAUAGUUUACAGGAACACUGCACCCACUGAGGUGUCAUUGCCUGGGUGACUUUAGUGGUCCUAAACAAUCAAUUUUCUUAUAAUUAUUCUAGAACUAACUUUCCAUAGAUAUCUCGAAUAACAAGAUAGAAGUAAAAAUCAUUACUUAAUGGAUUCCCACACAAUGUACAAAUGUUCUUUCUAACACAUUUUUGUAUUCGUUAUUAGAUUUUAUUUAUAUAUGUAUGUCCUUCUUUAUAUUUUAGUUAGCAAUAGCAAAGAAUCACAUUAUUAAACUUCAGGAAGAAAAUCAUCAGCUAAGGAAUGAAAACGCAAUGAUUUUGAUGAGAGCUCAUCAACAACUACAGGUGCGUAUAUCUCAUCUGUCAAGUUAAAGGGGUACUGUCACUUAUCUGGAAAUUACAUCAUUGAAUAACAUCCAGUAACAGCCAGGUCAGCUCUACAAGAGGAGAAACAUGACCAUUGUUUCAGUUUCUCCUUCUUUCUCUAUACUCUUUCUAUGCUGACUGCCACGUACAGAAGGUGGAAUUAACACUGAUCAGCCUUCCUAAUAUAAUGUAGAUCCAUCUCAUGCUGCCAAGACAGCUCUGAUGUGUCAAGGCAUGGACUUCACAAGACCUCUGAACGUGUCCUGUGGUAUCUGGCACCAAGACAUUAGCCGCAGAUCCUUUAAGUACUGUAAGUUGCGAGGUGUGGCCUCCAUGGGUCAGAUUUCUUGUUCCAGCACAUCACACAGAUGCUUAAAGGGACACUAUAGUCACCAGAACAACAGCUUAUUGAAUUUGUUCUGGUGAGUAGAAUCAUUCCUUUCAGGCUUUUUGCUGUAAACACUGUCUUUUCAGAGAAAAUGCAGUGUUUACAUUACAGCCUAGUGAUAACGUUACUGGCCACUCCUUAGAUGGCUGUUAGAGAUCCUUCCUGGGUCAUGGCUGCCUAAAAUGCAUCCAAACAUUCAGUAUCUCCUCCCUCUGCAUGCAGACACUGAGCUUUCCUCAUAGAGAUUCAUUGAUUCAAUUCAUUUCUAUGAGGAGAUGCUGAUUGGCCAGGGCUGUGUUUGAAUCACGCUGGCUCUGCCCCUGAUCUGCCUCUAUGUCAGUCUCAGCCAAUCCUAUGGGGAAGCAUUGUGAUUGGAUCAGGCCACCACUUCUGAUGAUGUCAGCAGGCAGUGGGCAGGUCUAAAGGAAACAGAGCCAGAGCUAGCAGAUCCAGACUUAAAUACAAGUAAGAUUUCUAUAUUUAUGGAGGCAUGAGGGAAUUUGGGGGGGGGGUGCUAGAUGGUGGUUUUAACCCUAUAGGGUCAGGAAUACAUGUUUGUGUUCCUGACCCUAUAGUGCUCCUUUAAUCAAAUUGAGAUUUGGGGAAUGUGGUGGCCAGACAACACCUUGAAAUCUUUGUCAUGUUCCCCAAAUCAUUCCUGAACAAUUAUUGCGUUGUGGCAGGGUUCAUUAUCCUGCUGAAAAAGGCCACUGCCAUUAGGGAACAACAUUGCCAAGAAGGGGUGUACAUUGUCUGCAACAAUCUCUAGGCAGGUGGUACGCGUCAAUAUAACAUCCACAUGAAUGUUAGUUCCCAAGAUUUCCCAUCAGAACAUUGCCCAGAGCAUAACACUGCCUCUGUCGGCCUGCCUUCUUCCCAUAGUGCAUCCUGCUCUUCCCAGGUAAACGACGCACAGGUACCCAGCCAUCCACCUGAUCUAAAAUCAAUUUUAAUUUAUCAGACCAAGCAACCUCCUUCCAGGCUAAAGGUAAGAAGGGAGGGGGAUAUAAUGCCAGUUUUUUUUUGUUUGUUUCCCCCCCCCCCCACUAAUACGCAAUCCCUCCUAACAUAUAGACACACACCUCACUCUCACACAUCACCCUCACACACACGCACACAUCACCCUCACACGCACAUUACCCACACACACACACAUAUUCCUCACACACAACUCUCUCACAGACACGUUACCCUCACACACACAUGCACACACACAGCUCCCUCUCACACAAACAUUACCCUCACACACACACACACACAGCUCCCUCUCACAUACAUCACCCUCACAAACACAUACACAGCUCCCUCCCACACAUACACUACCCUAACACACACACUGCAUACUUCAACAGAGCUCUGCACAUGGUCUGCCCUGGAAGAGCAUUGAACCAACAUGCUCACUUUGAGAGGGGGCGUGCUUGUCAUUGGUGAUGACAAAACACACCAUCUCUGACUCGCCCCCUUCUUAGUGGGCCGCUGUGAUUAAAAAAUGCCCGGGCCGAAUUUUUUUCCCAGUCUGGCCCUGAUGAACAGUGUGGAACAUUUCUCUUAAAUGACUGGUUUGCUUUUCAUUCACUUGAAUGAUAACACUCUUCCCAAGGCUUGUGUGGGAAAUACAGUAUGCUUGUGGUGCAGAAAAAUAAUACUGUUUAAGUCAGUCUUGGCACAGGCUUUAUAUAUAUAGCAACAUAUUUGGCUCUCCUUUAGUGUAGGCAAGAAUAUAACACAUUAAGCAUGAUGGUCAGCUGGAUUGUAAGCGAGGUGCAUGUACAUAAUGGAUGUGUUAAGGAGGAAACUGUUUAGGUGAGCCUGUGUAAUGUUGCUAAUGAGGUUAACAACUGGAGUGCCUCAAUAUAGUGUAAAGUGUGUUCAGCCAUAGGCAGGCGACUAGAAAAUCAAAGAUAACGCAAACUAUAACAUAAAAUAAAAUUGACGGCAACCUCAGCAUGGGUGUAGAAGGACAUAGUAGAGCACCCUGGUGCCAGUUGUGACAUAAAGAAAUAUGUCCUUGAGGCAUGCACGGGAUGUAUUUGGCAUGUCCAUGUCAGCCAAUGCCUUGGCUUGGUAUAGUGGGUGAGUCUCUGGGUUUUGCUGCAUGAGGGAGAUAUGCCAGUGUAUCAACUUCGCUUCUCUAGGCUUGAGAGGGGGUUUGUUUCUGGCAUCCAUGGUCCCGGACUAUGUUAGAAACCAAGUCCCUCACCGCCGGGAGACUGUGGGGGCUUUGGGUGGUCUGCCGCCUGACGCCGGUGCAGAGUUUACGCUGUCGCGGUCUAUGCUGUGCAGCUGUGGCCGGAGCAGCCCUCCUCCCCGAUGUGUCUGAAGCAGGUUUUACAAAUGCUUUCGGGGUGCUUUGCCCAUAGGAGGCUUAGGUUUUCCUUGGCUCUUGCCACUCCGCAUGUUCCCAUGUGCCUUUUGCCAGAACCUCUCAAACACCUUAUCCAGGAGUUGCAGCAUGCCGUCCACCAAGCCCGGUAGGAUUGUCUCUGGCCUGUGCAGCUCACGCCCCUCUCAGGGAACUCGUCCGCCAUCUUGAAUUCUUCAGCCGGAUACACCAUGUGGCAGGUGUUGGCCGUCUGAGUGUGGCAUGAGUAUACGGGGCUAGCUAGAGAGGACCGGGAUAACCCCUGCUGGUCCAUGGAUUGGGGGGAUAGCACUAAUCGAGUGUCUUAAUGCCAGUCAAAGCAGCCGCCCCUCCUCCGCCCGGUUGCUGGUAGGCUGCAAAGCCUCGAGUCAGGGUUUUCAGUGGCGGAGAAGCCCGCGAGAGGUGUUCCCCGCACCACCAGCAUUUCAGGAACAAGCUUAGUUGUACUCUGCGUCCAGGUAAGUGUUUGGCUUGAAAAUAUUGUCGAUUGUAAGGUGCCAGACGCAGGAGCACAUGCAACACACGUCUGGACUGCUCAGUAGCCAGGCUCUGCCCCUGUCAUAUACCUUUAAUCCCUUGUUAUCAGUGAUCUGGUUCUUUCAAGGGGGCAAGAAGUCAGAUCUGUAUUCUGGAGAAUGUAGGCCUACACAGUGGCUAUACAUUGUUCUAGACAGCAACUGUAUAGUUUUACAUUUAUUCUGAUCUUCGAUUUGUUUUUUGUUAUAAUCUUUAUUAAAGAAUUUUUAUCAUUUUUUUUAAUAACAUUUGAUCUUCUAUUUUUCUACUUAUUAUUGUAUUGCUUCUGUACAGAUAGUCCAUUAGUGAUUUAUAUCUCUAUGGAAUGGGGGGGAUAACCACUCUAUGAUUUUAAGAGAUAUAAACAAAACAGAAUUGCAUAAAUGAAAAAAGAUGAAACGUAUCAAAUAUUUUCUUCGCUUAAACAACAUGAAAGUCUUAUUAGACCAGUCAAAUAAGAGACGCUAUCCCUUUAAUCAUAUAUUUUGCAUACACAUUUCUCAUUUAGUAUUGUGAUUUAUUUACAGGCUACCAAGGCAAGUCUUGAAGCUGAACAGUCAUACAGACAUUCAAGACUAGCACUGGGUGAAAUUUACAAUGAACCUUGUUCACAACAUCACGAAGAUUCAGAAAUGGGGCAUGUAAGUUUAUCUCCUAAUGUAUGUGAUAGAAAACAUGGGUGGGGAGAAAUGAGACUUCAUUUAGUCAUUCAGGAUGUGAUCACCUAAUAUGUGGAUAGGGAAAUAUUUUGGCAUUUGUAGAAAAUAAAUAUUGUAUCUUUAUGUUGUGAUUUGUUAAAUGGACACCAGGUAAGACAAGCAGACACCAGGUAAAACCCAAAUGUUACUACAGUUACAACAGUUUGACUCCUUACCUUGGGCUGGGAUGCCAGGACAAUCCUGGCACCAUAACCAAUAUAAGGCACUGAAGUGGUUAUGGUGCUUCAAGUGUUCCUUUUAUGUGAAUAAAUUCAUGGAAGAUUUUCUAUUUUAUGGGCUGUGAUUGUUCAUUCAUAUUUUUUUUCAAAUAAAUCAAUUUCUGUUCUCAUCAACUCUUAGAAUCUUUGCACCAGUUUUUUUCUACACUGGUGGACAGAUCUGAGUAAAGAAAAUACCUUCCUGUUUCAAACAACCUCCCACUUUUAGCUUUAAAAUGUUAGCUCACAUGUACUAUUCCUUUAUUUGACAGGAUGCAGAAAGUGAACUUGCACCUAUGGAAAUGCAGCAUGAAAUUGAACUUGCAAUGAACCUAUUGGAGAAAGACAUUCAUGAAAAACAAGAUACCCUCUAUGGACUGAAGGAACAACUUGAAAAUGUAAAAGCAAUAAAAAAUGAGAUGUAUCAGAAAAUGCAGGUAUGAAUAUCUGCUGUUAUAACGUAUAUCUUAAAUGUUCUCUGAACCCAAGAAUUGGCAGACCGAUAGUCCAUUACGGGAAUUUCUAGAGUUAUAAACCACCAGAUUUAAAGUAGAGUGGUUCAUGGAUGUCUCCAAAACCAAGAAUUUUUUGAAGUUCCUCAUAGUCUGAAGCCAUGGCUCCAGUGACAUCAGUAACUCUUUAGCUCACGCCUUACUCAUUUGAAAACUUGAACCUCAUCUCUCUCCGUAGCCCUUCCAACAGCAUAUGUCUAUAGGGAGCAGAGAUAAUCAUUGAUGGAAGGAUCUAAACUGACAAUUAGAGACAUGAGAUUCACAGCCUUGCCUCAUGCUGUGAAUUCCAGUCCUCUUGGUUUGAUGAUUCAUAUAACAUUGCCGACUGAUAUAAUUUCUUUACAAUUGCCAGACCCUGAAAUUGCAUUUAUGCAUUUAGAAUAAAAUUACUUAGCACUGUUACAAAUAUUACAAACAAAUCACAAAGUUACAGCAUAAAUAUAAAUAAGAAAAAAAAAAAAUCCUGCAGCAAAAAAGAGACAUUCUAACAUUCCAAUGCAACUUAAGGGAAAAAAUCCAUUAGGAACCACUAAAUUCUGGUAUCUUUCCCCCAAGUAGUAAUAUAAUGACCACUGUCCUGUACUAAUUACGAUUGUGAGAAAAUACGGUAUUGUUACUUUUAAAGCAUUCUGAAGAGGACACUGACAACAAGGAUGUCGCUGACAGACUGGGAGAGAAAACCAAUCAAUGCACAGCCAUGAAACAUCUGGAACACAGGUAGGAUAGAAUUUAGAACAUUGUUUACUGAUCAAAUCAGUUUGCUGUUUACUAGGAGAUAAUAUAAUAUUCCAGAACAUGAUCAAAAGAUGCUCCACAUAAUAAAAAUACCCUUAUUGCCUUUAAAGGCUAUCAUUCUUUCUCCUUGUUCACUAAAUAAUGUAUAUAUAUUUAUAUGUUUAAUCAUCUAGUGAUGACCUGGAAGCUCAUUUAUAUAAUUUUUUAAAGAAAACUUUUAAUCUGGAUCAGGGGUGCCCAAAAGGUAACUCCCCAAAUGUUUUUACAACUACAGCUUCCAUGAUGCUUUGCCGUUCUAAAGGCAUUCAAAAGGCAUGCAAAGCAUUUAGGGUGUUGUAGUUUUACAACAUCUGGGGAUCUACCCUUUUGGCACUCCUGAUCUAGAUCUUUUAUUCAGGAAAGGCUGCUGUCAUAUAAAACUAUUUAUCUCUUUCUGUACCAGUGUUAGGCACCUAUCAUUGUCAGAUAAAGAUUGAACUUUAAAGGAUCACUAUAGGGUCAGGAACACAAACAUGUAUUCCUGACCCUAUAGUGUUAAAACCACCAUCUAGCCCCCUAGGCCCCUCAUGCCUCCAUAAAUAUAGUAAAAUCUUACUGUAUUCAAGCCUGAAGCUGUAACUCUGCAUGCUGUUAGACUCAGAAAAAAAGCAGUCUGCUGACAUCAUCAGAAGUGGUCACAGUGCUUCCGCAUAGGAUUGGCUGAGACUGACAAAGAGGCAGAUCAGGGGCAUAGCCAGCAUGAUUCAAACACAGCCCUGGCCAAUCAGCAUUUCCUCAAAACUAUGAGGAAAGUUCAGUGUCUGCAUGCAGAGGGAGGAGAUACUGAAUGUUUGGAUGCAUUUUAGGCAGCCAUGACCCAGGAAGGAUCUCUAACAGCCAUCUGAGGAGUGGCCAGUGAAGAUAUCACUAGGCUGUAAUGUAAAUACUGCAUUUUCUCUGAAAAGCCUGCAGGUAAUGAUUCUACUCACUAGAACAAAUUCAAUAAGCUGUUAUUGUUUUGGUGACUAUAGUGUCCCUUUAAGGUUAUAAUUGGUACGGAUGUUAAAAAUAUUGACCUUGUUGCAUUUACAGAAAGUAACCAAAAUUACUUUUUUUUUUCUCUCUCUCUCUCUCUCUCUCUCUCUCUCUCUCUCUCUCUCUCUCUCUUUUUCCCCUCCCUUAUGUAUCUCCCACAUAUAAUGUAUCUACUCUUCGGAAAUAAAGAGAUAAGGAUUUGAUUUAUAAGACAAGGAGCAUCACAAUGUCUUAUAUACAGAGUGCAGGAUCAGAAUGUGCUCCGCAGUAUAAACUUAUUAAAGAUAUAUCUUUCUAACAUUGGGUUUAGUUGGAUAUAGUUAUGUUUGCAUAAGCACAAAUAACCUGAUACUCUGUAGACAAUGAGUACAAACUUGGAAAUAUAAAUUACUAGAAUAUUUGUUAUAUAUUUACACCUUUGUUAUACUGUAAUAAAAGCACAUUCGUUGUGUGUGAGUAUUAGACCUCUGUUUGCCAUGAUAUGGGUGAAAAAUGAAAUAUUUUGAGCUAAAUAUUUUAAAGUGGCAGUAAAAGUUAUUUUUCUGCGUAGACUUUUUUGCACAUUAUAUCUCCUUAAUUAAAGCAAAAACAAACAAACAAAAAAAACGUUUAACUUUCUUGAUGUUGCUCUAUAUUACAUGUGCCUUUCUUUCACUCUGUUUCUUCACAAUAUUGGUAAGAUUUAUUCCAUAUUAUCUCCCAGAAGGCCAGGUUUAGGCAAGUCUGUUAUUCUCACAGUAUUUACUUAUCGCUAGGCCUAAAGAAGUUAAUUGUAGAGAAAAAUGAUUCAAAG